AUUAAAUAAGUGCGUGGUGUCGUUGCAUUCGGCGGAUUAUAUAAGGAUUCGAGCUGCAUCGAUUUUCCGCUGGCCAUGGCCCGAGUCGUCGAGAGCAAUCGAUGAUCUUCUGCUUUCCUCUGCUCGGCCAAGUGCCCCAGUGGGUGUGCAUUGGCUUGUCGGCCAACAGUGAUGGGAAGCAGCGAGGCACAUUCCUCAGAGUUGCUCCCUCUUGAGAUCCUGAAAUAUUCCCCUUGCAAGCUAGGUACCUAUUUUCCAGAAAAGUAACAGUUGUUUAAUAUUCGUUAUGAUUCGUUAUAUCUUUAUAAUCAACGGUUGUAACUUAUACUAACUUUCUAGGAAAAACAAAAGUAUUUUGUUAUUAACAAUAUCUGAGAUGCUAAUCCCUAAAUGCGAAAUCGGUACCUAUUUUCCUAAAAUGUAUCUUAUGGCUAGUACUCCUUUCUAAUAAUUAUCGAGGGUUGUUAUUGCUUAUAUAUUCUCAUGUUACUGAUGAGCAAUCGUUGGUACAAAAAGUAUGCCUGCUUUCCACUUGUACAUUUUUUAGGUACAUUCGAUUUGGAAACAAAAUAGUUUGAUUUAAAUUCGAAUAAGUGAGUCCCAGUUGCCCCUGCUUAAUCCUUCAAUACACAAUUCAACAAAAAUGUACCUUAUUUUACCUGCAAUAUAAAUAGGCCCAUGUAGUAUAAUAGAAAUAGUUUCUUUCCCAUCACUGUUGGCCAGUGACGUCGCCGGUUUAAGAAUAGCCAUGAUGUCCGCCUGGUGACCUGAGGAGAUGGCGAGCGACGCGGACCGUCUGGUGGCCAAUCUGCGCCGGGUGCCCGUGCGUCUGCCCAAGGAGUUGGAGGUGCGCCAGCUGUGCCGAUCCCUGGGCGACCUGCUCGCCGGCGAGGCCAACCUGCUGAGCCUGCAGAGCCCGCAGAUCGUGUGCGGCGACAUCCACGGGCAGUUCCAGGAUCUGCUGCACCUUCUGGAUGUGGGCGGGCCGGUGCAGCAGCAUCGCUACCUGUUCCUGGGCGACCUCGUGGACCGGGGCAAGAACAGCGUGGAGACCUUUCUGCUGCUGGCCGCCCUCAAGGUCCGACAUCCCGGCCAGGUGAGCCUGUUGAGGGGCAACCACGAGUGCCGCAGCGCCACCCGAUCCUACGGAUUCUACGAGGAGUGCCUGGCCCAGUACGGCUCGGCGAAUGUCUGGCGGAUGUGCUGCCGCGUCUUCGAUCUCCUGCCCCUGGCGGCGCUCAUUGACGGGAAAAUAUUCUGCGUUCAUGGCGGCCUUUCGCCGGAAAUCCAACAGCUGGAUGAGUUCCGUAAGCUGGACCGCUGCCACGAGAUCCCCGAGAGCGGCUGCAUAGCGGACCUCCUGUGGAGCGAUCCCCAGGAGGCACCUGGAUGGGCUGCCUCGCCGCGGGGCCAUGGAAAACUCUUUGGCGGCGAUGUGGUGGAGGAGUUCAGCCGGCGAAACGGAGUAUCCCUCAUAUGCCGCGCUCACCAGCUGGCCCAGGACGGCUUUCGGUGGCAUUUCGGCCAGCAGCUUGUGACCAUCUGGUCGGCGCCCAACUACUGCUACCGCUGCGGCAACAAGGCGGCCGUUCUGCGCGUGACUUCUGGCGGGGACUACGAUUUCGAGGUGUUCGAGGCGCAGGCGCUGCACAUCAAGCCGCAGCCGAGGCGACCGAAAAAGCGGUGUCGUCAGUUUUUCCUAUGAUGCAAUCUCAAUCUCCCCGUGAAUCGCGUCCCGAGAUAAAAUGCAAUGUCAAGUUCACAGAGCGGGAGAAUCAGCUGUUCUACCUAGUCACACACCCACCAGCACUCUUAGGCCAUAACUCUUUCAUUCCACCUUACUCUUAGUACCGUAAUCAAUAAAAUAACACCCAUGUUAACUUAUAAAAUA